AACUCAAUUUGCAUUUCCGGUAAAAGCAAGAUCUGAUUCAAGCAGACGAAUAAAAACAGAGACAUUCAGAAUUUCAGUUAUUUCAGAAUGAAGCUAGGGUUUUUAGUUCACUUUUCUUGGAUUAUUUGAUUUUCAUCGUUCAAAUAAUUUUCAAUGGCAGCCACUGAAGAGCCUGAAAUCAUUGAAUCACUACUUAAGGAUGCAGAGAAUAAACCAGUGCCCAUCAGGCUAAUGUUAUACCCAGAUGCAUUACUGAUACAAAAACAAGAAUGGAUAAGUGUUCAAUUGGAUGAAGAAGAUGAAGUGUUUCUUAAUAUGGUCAGAGAGGUGGAAAUAAAAAGAGAGCCAGGGGCUGGCUUUGGUCUUUGUGUGAAAGGUGGAGCUGAGCACCGCCUGCCAGUACUUAUCUCUAGGAUAAUAAAAAAUGAAGCUGCUGAAAGAUGUGGUCAGUUGCUUGUAGGGGAUGCAAUACUGCGGGUGAAUGGUGUAAAUGUGGAAAGCUGUACACAUGAUGAAGUUGUUUCCAUGCUGAAAGAAGUCAAAGAAGAUUCUGUCUCCCUAUCUGUGAGACAUUUUCGACCUGCUUCUUAUUUUCUAAAUAAAGGCAAUGAGACAAGAGAUGGACCACAUUUUGCAAAGCAGGAAAGUUCACAACUGGCAAGUCUACCAAGGCUUGAAAAAGAAUGGAUGACAGCUCUUACCAUACCUCUUCUAUAUGCCAGAGUGUCCAGGUACAUUUAUGGAACUGAUAAACUCCGAGAAGACUCGUUUGAUAUUGUUGGUGUAGAUGGCUCCAAGUCAGGACCUAUGUAUUUCACAGAGAAGACCACCAUGCUUACAUGGUAUCAUAAGAUCUCAGCCAAAACACAGAGUCUUCUUUCACAAAUGAUUCAAAUGACCAAUCAGCUGAUGGUGAAAGAAGACCAUAUAUUGUUGAUGUGCUGGACAUAUGAAAGGACUUCUAAUGACCAGAACUGGAGAUCAUGGAAAGAAAAAUUUUUGGCACUAAAAGCUGCUGAUAUUUAUUUGUUUGAUGUUCCACCGAUGCACUCUAGUGAUUGGUCAAAAUGUGAAAUGAAAUUCAAAGUGUAUGAAUGUAUGCUGAAACUGCUGAAGGAUAAUGAACUGCCUGAUGGGCGCCAGCAUUGUUGUUCAAUUCUGACAGGAGCAAGAGAUGCUAUAUGUCUAAAUAUAGAUAGCCGGACAGAGUUGCUGAUUCUUGAGAAAGCUUGGUACCGCUCUAGUAAUUUAGCAGUCAAAAGAUUACAGAGUAAGACAUUUGGUUGCACCUGGCAAGAUCAUCUAUCUGGUUUAAUUUUAGACAUGGACCAAGGUUUCUCUCUCUAUGAUCAUCAAACAAAGAGCAUCUUGUGGAGUUACAGGUUUGCUCAGUUAAAAAGUUCCUCAGAUGAUGGAGUUUCAAAACUGACUCUCAACUUUCUUAGUGACAACACAAAACAGUUGGAAACACAUGUUAUCAGCUGCAGUGACCUUCAGACUUUGAUCUACUGUAUUCAUUCAUUUCUCUCAGCCAAACUAUCUACAGUUGAUCCAACAUUUUUAGGAAACCAUUAAACAAUAUACGCAUAAUUCAUUGUUGAUCAUGUGCUCUAUGGAAACAUUGUGGAAUGCUAGUGAAAUAAUGUGACUAUGAAAAAAAUAAUGUGUUAAGACAGUAAUGAAGUAGAUAAGCAAGUGACAUUUAUCUGUUGGCUGUUCUGUUGAUCACUUUAAUUUAGAUUAUCAAGAUAAGAUCUUUACAUCUUAUAUGGUGUUUAAUUACAACUGUUUUUUUUUUCUAUAUCACAUCUAGUUAUUUGUGCUAGGGAAAUUAAGCCAUAGUUAUUCAGUUUGACUAAAUUAAACUGUAAUACAUUAUUAAAUUUAAAUGGUCAAAAUAUAUGUUCAUAUUAUGGCAUUAGUUUUGUGCUGCUAUAUUACAUGUACAAAUGAAAUUUAACCUUUGAAAAAUGGCAUAGUUUAGGGUCUAGUCAUAUCAAGUUUCAAUUAUUUCUUUUUGUAUAUGUUAUAGGACUUGAGGCAUUAUGCUACUAUACUUGAAUAUGUUGUUGAUUUGUGUCCAUGUUUGCUAGUUAUUCUGAUCUAAAAGCUUAUAGAAUAGAAGUGUUUAUUUUUAUUUUGUACUUCUGAAGCUGAAAUCAUGUUUGCUGUGAUCCUAGAAACAUAAUUAUACUGUGAUUAGAUUCUAACAAACUGUGACACUAAUUGGUUGUAACUAAAACUGAUUUAUAAGUAGUGUUUUUUUUUUUUGUUUUUUUUUGUCGUCCUAUAAUUAUGUAAAAAAAAAAAAUCACAACACUAAGAAAUGAGUGGAGAAAGUGAUAUAAUGUCUGUUGUUAUAUAGGGUAUUAUGUCAUUGUGUUUAGAUCCUUUACAAUUGUGUUUGCUUUUGUUUUUUUAAUCAUAAAAUUUCAAGAUUUAUCUGAGCUAGUUAGACUCAAAGAUAUCUUAAUAUUUCCAAGUGAAAUUUAAUUCCUGGGUUCACUUCACCAUGUUCCCAUGCAGUUCAGAAAGGUUGAUAUGAGCUGGGGUAACUUAUGUCAUACUUUAUUUUGGUGCUUUUAAAAUUCAAGGUAUAUUUUUAAUUACAAGCUUUUAAAAACCAACCAAAUUUCCAAUGCUGAUGUCCAGCAGGAUCACUUCAAAACAAUAAAAUGUUGGAAUUAAUUAAGUUGUGUUUGAAAUGUGACUAGGUUGAAAUGAACAUUUUAAUUAUAAGGUAACAUCACUUUGAUUAUUAGAAGCUAACAUGUAUGAUGUUGGUUCCCAUUAUGGUUGUUUAGUCACACCCAGAACUUGCAGAUCUAGAAUAUUGCAAGUUUUUGUAGCCAUUACAAACAAUAUUAAAUAGUUUCAAUACUAAUGUGCAAUAAUAUUAACCAGUUUUUUUUUUUUUUUUUUUUUUUUUUUUUUUUUUUUUUUUACAUACUGGCUUGUAACAAUUUUUAUGAAUCAAAAAAACUUGCCAUCUACUACAAUUUAUAUAACUACUAUUUACCAGUGCAAUCAAAUUAAUUGGGCAUGUAGAGGAAAGAAGUCAAUUUUCUUUCAGGUACAAACCUUUUUUUCAUUGGAAGAACUUUUAGAAUAAUCUUGCAGUGCAUAAAUUGAAUGUUCCUGUGUAACUGAGUGUGAAAGCCUGAUGCCUGUUUCAUUGACUUUGUGGAAGUGCUUCAACUGUGAUAUGUUGUAUAGAACUUGGGACUUGCAGAUGUUUGUUAUCCCCAACCUGCACAUCUUGUCUUAAGAAUGAGGCUAUUCAAUUCACUGUUUUAUUUCUUGCUUUGCUUCAGAUGUUAUUUAUUCAUCCAAAAUGUGUUGUUCAUUUCUUUUUGCUAUGCAUUUAAUUGUCUCUUUUUUGCAAUGGCAUUUAUUUUGUACAGAGGUUUUCAUUAAUACAAAGCUAUUUCCUCUUUUUAUUCUUGCCCAAGAGAGGAGUUACUUACCUCAUUCUUGUGUACUGUAUUUGUUCACUGCAAGCAUACUCUCUUAUGUUGUAAAUCACAAAGUUUCUCAGCAUGGUUUGUGGUCUCAUCUAUUUUUCUUUGCAGUUUGACCCUUUUUUUUCUUGAUCAUUUCCCGAGGACAUAUCUACUUUGUGAGAUUUAUUUAUUUUUUUCUCUAAAAGCAUUUCAUUAGAUGAGGUAAGCAAUCUGAACAAAACAUAAAAUGAGAAUCAACUAUUUGUAUUGAUCUUAAUGGUGGUAUCUCUUUGUUGAAUCUUAGAAUUUGAAUGUCUGAGCCAUGGCAUAGUCAUAAUGGUUUCUAUCAUAAAGUCACGACUGUCACACUUUUCCCCAAGACAAUUAUGCAUUUUUUUCAAACUGCACCAUAAUUGAAACAUGUGGUUGACCUUUGAAUCAUGUUCUCAAGCUAGUUGUUUAUGAUGUACCUAGCUUACAAAUAAUUAGUUAUAUAAUAUAUAUAUAUAUAUAUAUAUUUGAAUGUAGUUUCUAACAUAUGCAACUGAUUCAACACUCAGUGAACAUGAUUACAAUGCUGUCUUAGCUAUUUGCAAAUACCACUGAGCUAGUAAAUAGUAAUUCAUUCAGUAAUCUUCAUAGUUCUAUCUGUAGCUCUGAUUUAUUUUAUACUACAAACACUGCACUGCCUCUGUGUUAUAUUUUUGGUGCUUGCUUUUUUUGUUUUUUAGUGAAAAGAAAAAAAUGUAAGUUAUUUUUGCCUUAUUCACAGUGAAAAGCAGUCUAGAAGAAGUAUUUUUAUUCAAAAAUUGGUUGCACAUUGAUUUGAAAAGCUGGAUAAGCUAAUCAGGAUAUAAAUUUUCAUAUUUGUAUUCAUAAACUUCUUGAUAGGUAGGAGAGAAGAUACCUUUUAAAAUUGAUAGGUAUUGCUAUAAUAAAUGUACUUUAAACCUUGUCAUAUAUGUCUUAUGUAUUUUUUUAGUUUUUUUAUUGGUUUGUUUCUUUUAGCCCACUUGAAUGUUAUGACAUGAUCUAUUGUAUGUCUUCCAUUGCUUGGCAGAUGCUUUAUAGUGCUGCUUCUGUGCCCCCCCCCCCCCCCCCUCAAUGUGUCCCAGCAUGUUAUUCAACAAGCUCCUACUGAAGGAUCAAAUUACAGUCCUAUUCUCAUGUUGCUCUGUUUCACCUGCUUGCUGUGUCCUACAGUCUUCCAAAUUUAGGCACUUUUAGUUUGCAGCUGCUUGUCUUAGAUCUUGUAGUUUGUUUUAAGUCACACAACUCAUCUCUUUACCCUUUCAUGUCCAAAUUAUUUGAUCUGGUGACCGACACAUACACAAGUUUAAAUCAUGUUCCAUUUUUUUUUUUUUUUGCUUAAACAAUUUUAAUUUUCAAAUGCUUUUUUUUUUAUACUUCAACUAAUUUGAUAUAUACAAAAAGAGCUUCUUAAAAUAAAUAAAUGUAGUCAUUCUUUUUUUUUUUUAUGGAACCAACUAACAUUCAUAUUCUAGUUUAUUUGAGUUCCAGUUGUAAUUUUUUUAUAAUAUGAGAAUAACUUUCAAUAUGUCUGUAUGGUCAUUUUCUUUUGACUUGUCCUAAUUAUGUUAAACUUUACCCACCUAUUUUUUCUAGCUUUUGAAAUUGUAUUUAUUGAUGCAUAUGGGAUCUGCACAAUGUAUAUAUCGUGUAGUUAUCAACAUAUUUGUGUAAACAUCUGUUUAAAUACAUUUUUGGUGUACAUGCCCCUCACCAAUGUUUUUUUUCCUUCAGUAUAUCUUACAUUGUUCAGGAUUGAACUCUACAUUUAAUGGUUGAUUGGCAAGAACAAAUCAUUUCAUUUUUUUGUUUGAAAGUGGUGGCUUCUCUUCUAUCAUCAAAGUGACAUAUUUUGAAACAAAAAUUUUAGAUUAAAAAACAAUGUAAGAAUACAUAUUGAUUGUGUAAUUCUAAAAGAAAAGAAAUGCAUACAAGUCUAAUUGUUCAAGUGGAUGUGGCUUCCCUAUUGUCUAUGUCCCAUCUUAUAUGUAUAGCUCGUCCUUCGUGAUCGAAGAUGAGCACAUUUCUCAUAUCCUAUGAACUCGAAGAUGACUGUAGUAAAGUCCAAUCCUUGCUUAAAAAAAGCAGGCUGCAUACCUGGCAUUGGUAGGUUUGGUCAAUUGCAGAUAAGCCUGCUUCUUUUUUCAGCUCUUUCACACUGGCCACUCUCCUUGCUUUGUGUCUAGUGACUAUGAGACUCACAGGGAUUGAGAGCUAAUGCAUCCUAGCUGUGAAUGUCAAUAUCACACUCCAUGAAGGAGAUCUUGAGGUUGUCUUUAUAGCCCUUGUAUUGACCUCCUUGAGAGCGUUUUCCUGCACACGGCUCCCUGUACAGAAGUCGUUUGGGAAGGUGAUUGUCUGGCAUGCUGAUUACAUGUCAUGCCCAUCAAAAUUGGGACCUUUUUACUGUGGCAUUGUUACUGUUUAUGUUAGACAACUGUAGGAUUUCAGUAUCUGGUAAGUGGUCAGACCAGUGCACCUUAUGAAUUUUCCUUAGACAGCAUAGGUGGAAGGAGUUCAGCUUUUUGAUGUGGCUGGAAUAUAAGGUCCAGGAGUCUGAUGCAUAUAAGAAUGAAGGGAGCACUACAGCACUGUAGACAUAUCAGUUUUAUGGAUAUACUGAGUCCUCUCUGUUGCCACACUUGUCCUUGAAGUCUCCCAAAAGCAGAAGUGGCACAUGCAACACGGACGUGCCAGGUUGGCAUUUACUGAUAUGGUGCUUCCAAGAUACACAAACUUUUUAACUUUCUGGCCAUCUAUGAGAAUAUCUGGUUCUGUAACAGAUUUAUUUGGAGGAGGUUGGUGUAGCACUUCUGUCUUUUUUUACAUUUAUGGUGAGGCCAAAAGUUUUUGCAGACGUUGGCGAAGAGGGACAUGCUCUUUUGAUGGUCUUCUUUGAGGCAUUUAGGGCACAGUCACUUGUGAAAAGUAGGUCUCUGAUGCAGUCAUAUUUUACUUUGGUCCUUUCCUUAAGUCUUUGAGCAUUGAAUAAACUUGCAUCAUACCCUCUUACUAAAUUAUUAUUAAAUGUAUUAUUGAACACAUUAAGAAUAAUUGUCACUAUUUUUGUACUUCAUUUCUCAACUCUGCCUAUUCAGUUUAGAGAACUAGAACAUUGUUUUGUAGCUUUUGAACUUCAUCUUUAACUAUUGUUGUUACCCUAGUAGUUAUUUUUAGACUUCUUAUUGAAUAUUGAAAGCUAACAAAAGAAAAUUGUUAAAGUUUAUAGGUUAGUUUUUUUGUUUUGUUUUAACUGUCAUCUAUUAGUUUAUUCACAAGCAUUAUAUCUAAGAAUAUUAUGAAAAAAAUAGGGGAUUUGCAUUAUAGAGAUGAUCACAUUAAUCUGCUUGUUAUUUAAAUUUUGAUUUUUAAUAUCCAGCUUACAUUCUUUAGCAGUAAAAAAGAAAAAUCUGUCUGUGCAUUUUCCAUCUCAGACAAUCUUAUACCUUUGCAACUUCUCAUGUGACUAAAGAUGUCAUUCUUGGGAUAGAACUGCAGCUGUAAUCCAGGAGCUUUCCUUUAUGCUUGUUCUCCAUGUGGAUCUAUUAAUUGCCUCUUGCUCCAAACUGUUGUGUUCAUUUAGAAGAGCUCCUUGUCGCCCUUGCAUACACCAGUAUACCUUAAAAGUGGGCGACCUGCAACUCUUCUGCCUUCUAUUAGAUCACCAUAAAUAAUUUCUUGUGGGAGUCUACCUUGUGGCAUUCUGUGAACAUGUCCAAGUCAGCCAAGGCAUCUACUAGUGAUAACAGCAUGCAUGUCCUGGCACCCUGCUCUUCAAUGUAAUUUCUCUUUGUUAUUUUAUCUUACCACCUUAUUUCAAGAAUCUGCCUUAAGCAUCAGAGGUAGGAGAUAUUCUGCUUUUUUCCUAUGUUUCACUACCAUAUAGCAGAGCUCCGAUAGACUAAGACUUUGGUAUUGGUAGUCAGCAAGGUAUUGUCGCACACUCUUUUCUGUUGGGUAGUGACAUGGUGCCCAUUGCCUUUUCUAUCCUGUUGUUGAUGUCUAAUCUAGUAGCACAACACUGAUGAAGCCAAGUUUACAAAAUAGUCAACAAUUUCCAGCGGUUGGCCAUUAAUAGUUAUGUGAGGUGCAGUGCUUGUGUUCUGAACUAGUAUUUUGGUCUUGCUUUGACUAAUAUUUAUUCCAAACUUCUGGCAUUCAGCAGGCAAUCUGUCAACCAGAGUCUGAAGCUUCAUUGAUGUCGUGAUAAGGAUAUUGCAGUAGGCAGGAAAAGAGUGUACCAAACAGAGUAGGUGUAAGCACACAUCCCUGUGUGACAUCACUACUGACCUCGAAAGCUGAUAGGGCUCCAUGAAAUUUCACUGUACCUUUUUGUUUUCUCAUGAAAACAUUGAAUGAACUUAAGAGUUUGGGAUGGUGUCCUAUUUUUCUUAAGAAUUCUAACUUGCCACUUCUGCUUACCAUGUCAAAAGCUUUCGUCAAAUCUCUGUUUGAAUUUCUCCUGCAGCAGUCUUAGGAUAUCAUAUCUAUAUUGGAUUUACCACUUCUGAAUCAACAUUGUGACUCAGAAUAAACUCUAGAAAUUAUCACUUGCAGCCUGGACAGUGCCACUCUAAGAGAAUAUUUUGCCAACAAUGUUGAGGAGAGAGAUACCCCUAUAAUUGUUGCAAUCACUGUGUUCUCGAAAAAUAAGAGAAAGUGAAUUAGAGACAUGAGUAGACAAAGAAACAUUUAAAAAAAUGGAGAGAUGUUGAAAUAGACCAAACUGUCAAGGAGGCUCUAGUGAAAGAUCACUGUUGCUGACUAACAAUGACUUGCACUACAAAGUGGCAGUGCUUAGAAUAGGAAGAUUAAAAGUAAAAAAAAAAUUAUUAUAGGCAUUUAAAAUGCAUAGCUUAUCAAUACUUCAUAUUGUGUCCACUGGAUACAUCAUAGACUCCAUUAGAAACUCCCCAUAUUUUUAGAAACAAAAAUGUGCAUAUGAAUUGAUCUAUUUGAAAAUGUUACAAUGGUUAUGCAUUAAAAUAAGAGAAUGAAAUAAACACCUUGAAUACCAUACAGUAGUUUGCAUUAUAAUAUAAAAAAAAGCCCUUUUUGUUUAAGGGAUGUCCUAAGCCAGCCAGUAUUUCAUACAAAAACCCUUUAAGAAGUUUAUAAUCACAAUUUUUUUUAACAGACUUAUGUUUUAUGAAGCACUUAAUGCUUGUUGAGAUUAUAGAAGUGUUAAUCUAGCUCUCUUACUCUUAUUAUGGUGCUUUCACUGUUUAUCAAUGUUUUGUAAAAACCUUUACAUUUCUUUUACUUUUAUAGAUGGAAGUAGCAAUCAUUUAAUAAAAAAAAUAAUUCAUUUCUAUUUUUUAAAGCAUGGCUUUCCUUGUUUAAAUUACUAGUAAUAUUUUUAAAAAUAUAUUGUAAACAUUUUAACUUUUGGAGAAAAUGUCAGCUAUCAACUUAGGCUUUUUUUUUUAAAAAAAAAAGACACUUAAGUAAUAUUGUCUGUUUUUGUUUGAAUUCUUUGGUGUGCACUGUCCCAAUGUUGUUUCCAAUGCUUGUGAUACUGUUAUCAUAUUUACAUGUUGCUUAGGUCUUGCUCUAUGUACAUUCAAAUUUGUCUGUUCUUAUCUCAUGCUUUAGCAAAAUGUGUAUAGAUAAUCUGAUACUUUACUAUUGUAAUACUAAAGUUACUUAAUUCUCAACUUAUGUAAUACUAAUUGUUUUUUAGGAAGGAAGAGGAUACUCAUAUACUUUGCAUUUGUUCAUGUGUUUGAGAUUUCCCCCCCCCCCCCCAUCCUAAUGUGCCAAGUAUAGCUUACUGAAGGAUAUUGAUAAUCAAUGAUUAACUAUUAGUCUGGCACUCCAUGUAUGUGCACUUUUCUUGCAGAAAUCAUUUUAUAUGCUUUUUCUAAAAUGAUCAAAGCAGUUGUUCUUUCAAAAAUGUAUGGUUAUGUAAAGUACUUGUGUUAUUGCUCAGAUCAAUGGUCAUUUAGUAUAUAUAUAUUUAGUAACUAUAUAUAUAUUAUGCUACAACACCACCAGAAUAAAUGAAAUAUUCCAAUAUUUGUACACUUUUUACCCUCAAAAGUGUAUAGAUGUAAUCACUGUCAUGGUUUAUCAUAUUUAUAGAAAUUUUUUAUGUCAAGGAAGUUUAUGAUGGACUCGUGUGUCUGACACCUCAUUAUACAUCUUAUUGAUACAGUAUUGUUUACACUUCACAUUGUUUUACAGUGAAAUUGCCUGUUUGUAGAUCUAGUCCUUACUUAACUUACCUUUUUUUUUUAUCAUGUUUCAUUAGUUAUUCUUAUAUUUGCAUUUGGCUUCUUUUGCCUCAGAAACUAUGGAUGCAUCAAUGAUUUACUUGGUGUAGGUUAGUGUUUAAUGUCAUCAGAUGCAAUCUAAUGUUCAUGUUUUUUAGCUAUUCAAUUGAAAUCCAUUAACAGUAAAACACUAACAUAUUUUUUGUUAGGCGUAACUCUUGCUCCAAUAAGGUUUGCUUUAAUGUAUGUUAGCUGUGGGUUAAAGUUCAAAGUAGAAUGAGUAGGAUCAUGCUGUACAUUGUAGCCUGGUAUUAUUCUUAGUGUUCAGCAAUUUGUGCUAUCAAAUAUAGGUUAGUGGAAAUGGAGGCUUUUAGAAAUGAUGUUUUGAAAGUAUUGUGUUAUGUUACUUAGAAAAAUAUUGACAAACUGGCAUAAAAAUUAAUUCUAAUAUUUGAUAUUGAAGUGUAUCAUGUGUAAAUAAAGAUUUUUUUUUUCAACUGUUUAAAAUCUUGUUUUUUUCAUUAUGCUUAUGGUUGUAUACUGAUUAAGCUUAUGUGAAAAAACAGAAAUAAAAACAAAUAUUAGC